CACAAAAAUCCCCCAGCAAUGGGUACUAGCGGUUGGUAGACAGGGGGAUCACUGAUGGAAGUUGGUUUGUCAGAGGGGUGGUUGCAUUGACUGGGAAAAGGGAAGAACAUUCAAAAUGAGGACCUAUUUAUUAUUAACUGCUGUUGGAGUGUACCUGAGUGUGUUAAACGUGUCAGGGGUGCCAAAGAAACUGUUCUACCCGUUCGGGUCCGAGGCCAGCGAUUUUGUCUUACAACAAGGUGACGAUGUCAGUUCGAAUGAGUUUGCCCUCAACACAUCCAUCGCAUUUUUCGACCAAUAUUACAGGACUUUAUAUAUAAAUAGCAACGGCCAUUUAUCAUUUCUCACGGAGCUGCCAGGGUACAGGCCGAGCCUUAUACUCCCUAUAGGAUUUAAUGUAAUUGCUGCCUUCUUCGCCGAUGUCGAUACGAGAGCAGCAGGACAAAUAUUUUAUAGGGAAACAAGCAACCCAACAUUACUAGAGAGAGCCGCCACCUCCAUUCAAGCGCACUUCCGGGGACAAGGCACAUUUGAACCAACGUCGUUGUUCAUAGCAACGUGGGACAACGUCGGCUACUUCAACAGCAAGUUCGACAAGGUGAACACGUUCCAGAUUGUCAUAGCUUCAGACAACGAUGACUCGUUCGCGUUCUUCCACUAUCUUGACCGCGGAAUGGCGUGGAUUAUGGGGGACGGGAAGGAGGGGCAGAGCCAGCUCGACGUCCCUGCUCAAGCUGGGUUCGAAGUUGAAGAUGGAAGAAACCUAAAACUGCCGAACUCUGGUACAACGUCUUCCUUUGUCAACGACACCAACGUCAACAUCCCCGGAGCGUGGAUGUUCCAUAUCGGCUACAUAGAAGGGGAGAACAUCCAACCCGCUGACCUCAACACCGGAGAAGUGAUUGUGUUCCCCGUGGAUACCGGCGACGGAAGCUGCCUGGAGGGGACUCGGAUGUGUCAUGUAAACGCGCGCUGUGUGGACUUCACUGAGGGGUUCUGCUGCGAGUGUUUGCCGCCGUCUUACGGAAACGGAAAAACAUGCCUAGAACCAGGUGUCCCACAACGUCUCAACGGAAAGGUUCGCGGUACAUUGAACGGCAUAACCUUGUAUGACCUUGACAUGCACACUUACGUAGUGACGUCCGACGGUCGCGCUUACUCCGCCAUCAGCAGGGUACCCCCAGAGCUUGGUACCGCCAUGCAGACUCUCAGUGCCAUUGGCGGCAUCAUCGGAUGGAUGUUCGCCGUGCCAACGAACCCCCGGGCCAAGAAUGGAUAUGCGUUCACAGGCGGAGAGUUCAACAGGACUGCGACCGUGACGUUCUUGUUCGGCAACAUGACUUACGUCGUCAACGUCCAACAAAAGUUCUUCGGCCACGACGCUCUCAACAACCUGCGCAUGGAGACCACCCUGAAUGGCGACAUGCCGCCGAUAGAGACGGGCGCCAAGGUGGUCGUAGACGACCAUAAGGAGAACUUCAAGAAGCUCCGUCCAGGGCUGAUCAAGGCACGGUCGAGUCGCACUUUUAGGAUCAACGACGUCGCCUACCGUUACACCUGGGACCAGACCAUCAUGUUCGCCGAGUGCACAGCAGACCCAGAUGUGCUGGCAGUCGGGACAGUCCGACUCUCCGUGGGCAGGAACUUCGUCUUCUUCGACAGCGGCAACCAGGUGGUGAGGUUCGCCCAGUCCAACAAAGUUGGGAUGCUGACAGGUUCGGACCCGUGCCGUGACGCAGCCCAGAACUGUGCUGCCGAGGCUGACUGCAUCCCCGAGGGCGAGACCUACCGGUGUGUCUGCAGGCAAGGCUACAGCGGAGAUGGCGGGACCUGCGAAGAUAUCGACGAAUGUUCAACCGGAACUCACUCCUGCGACAGCAACGCUCGCUGCUUCAACGUCAGGGGCACUUUCCAAUGUCAGUGCCAGACCGGCUUCAGGGGCGACGGUCGUACAUGUCAAAUUGAGGUUCAGCUGUGUGGUGAUAUUUAUUGCGGGGAAAAUGGCCGCUGCGUCUAUGACAGCACCCUACAACAACCUGUAUGUGAAUGUAACACCGGCUUUGCAGGAAACGGAGUCGACUGCGACCCAAUAGAGUUCGGCUGCAACGAGGUGGACAACUGCGGCUCCAACGCUCAGUGCGUGUACGACGAGGACGAGAGCCGCUACGUCUGCGAGUGCGUGGAUGGCUUCAGCGGGGACGGUUUCUCCUGCGAGACGACGGAUGAACGGAGUGUGUGUCUGAGAUGCGACGGUAACGCCGCUUGCGUCAUGGACGUCGAUCGCUUCACGUACAGGUGUCAGUGCAACGUCGGUUACAGCGGUGAUGGGUUCAGAUGCUCCACCAUAGACCCAUGCGUGGAAUGCAGCGUUAACGCCCAGUGCGACUUUGACCAGUCAACCCAGGCCUACCAAUGUCGGUGUCGUGCGGGUUUCUAUGGAGAUGGGCGUCGUUGCGAGGCCUACGACUGCAAAACCCACGCCGUUUGUGACACGAACGCCGAGUGUGUCACAGACCCCGACUACGGCAACAACUACUGCAGAUGUAGCGCUGGUUACCGAGGAGACGGUCGUCGCUGUGUGUUGGAGGGAUGUCGUAGUGACGACGACUGUGACAGUAACGCGCGGUGCGGGCCUGAUCCCCGGGACACUAACCGCAACAUCUGCCGGUGCGUCACUGGCUACGAGGGCGACGGCAGGGUCUGCAUACAACGAGUGCAAGCCUGUAACCAAGUCAACAACUGCGCCAGGGAGGCCGAGUGCAUCUACGACCCGGAUGUCCGGUCCUACCGCUGUCAGUGUCGGGCCGACUACCAGGGAGACGGGCGCACCUGCACGCGACGGGAUGACAUCCCAGACUGCUACCGUGAUCCACGUCUCUGCGACCCCAACGCCUCCUGUGUCCAGAACGUCGACCACUACGUCUGUAUGUGUAACCAGGACUUCGUCGGAGACGGCCGUUCCUGCAGAGCGUUCGACGGCAGCGGUAACUUCCUCGUCUACGCCCAAGGGUACAGCAUCUCACGUGUUCCCUAUCAGGGCACCGGGAGGGGCCAGAUGCUGAUCUAUGUACCAGGUCAGCUUGCAGUAGGCCUGGACACAGACUGUUCUGAGGGCUUCCUCUACUGGACAGACGUGGCUGGGGGUCAAAUCAGAAGAGCGCGGUAUGAUGGCACGGACAUACAGACUGUUCUCACAGGCCUUGUGUCCCCCGAGGGCGUCGCCAUUGACUACAUCUCCAGGAACCUCUACUACACCGACUCCGAACUGGACGUUGUUGGUGUUGCAAAGCUGGAUGGUUCCGACCAGAAGACACUGUUCAGCUCUGACAUCGUCAAUCCCAGAUCCAUCGUCCUCGACCCACGUAGAGGGGUGUUCUACUGGACGGACUGGAACCGUGACAAGCCCCAGAUCGAGAAGGCCAACAUGGACGGCACCAGCAGGAUGGUACUGGUCACCUCCGACCUGGCCCUGCCGAACGGCCUCACCCUGGACGACAGGACACAACAACUCUGCUGGGGAGACGCCGGUACGAAACGCAUUGAAUGUAUCCGAAGUGAUGGUCUAGGACGCCGGAUCCUCUACGACAAGGCCACCUACCCCUUCGACGUCACCUACUUCAACAACGUCCUGUACUGGUCCGACUGGGAGACCAAGGGAAUUCCAAACAUCAACCGGGAUGGAGGCGCUCAGGCCAACGACCCGCUCAACCUCGCCAUCGGCGGCAAUGGCCGCGUGUACGGCGUGACAGCAGUCAGAGACCAAUGUCCUCGAGUUACCAAUGGCUGCGCAGUUAACAACGGCGGAUGUCGUUACCUGUGUCUACCAUCACCAAGCGGAGGUCGUUCCUGCGCAUGCCCAGACGAUAUUGACCCAAGAAGGUGCAACGAAGUGGCCUUGAUGAAAAAGCGGAAGUGAUGUGUCGGAAACGUUGAUUGAACAUUAUCAUUGGAAUGAGAGUGUGGCUUUAAGUGAUCUGAGCGGGUCGUACAACCAUGGUGCUAUUGGAGAUGCUCGUUUUACUCUCAGUGUUCUAGUGUGCCAAAGUACUCGUGUAUAUAGGGUAUAUUAUGACUGUAUCGAGCCGACGACUAUAUAUAACUACACAGCCAUGCUUUAUAACUCCUCGUCUCUAUACCGCAAACUCCUUAAACGGUAAUAGCAACGCUUUAACGUCAACGCAAGAGUUCUCUCUUUUAGAAUAUAGACUUUAGGAAAUAAGUCCCCUUGAUCAUUGCGUCAUAUAUUGGAUCUCUUCAUGGAAUUGCUCAAACAAUAUACAGUAAAAGUGGCGUGGAUCAAUAUGUGGAGUCGAGCUCUUUCAGAACAGGUACGACUUUUAUCCCUCGUCUUCUAAGUCAGGACAAGAGACUUGAGAUGCUCAAUACUCAAUAGGCUUGCAAAUAAGAAAAUGCGAGCCAUCGUUUUAAGUGUAUCAUAUGUGUAUUAUGUGUUGUUUAGUACUAGAUGUAUUUAACAUAGGGUACCAUUGUAGCAGUGUCGAUAGGGUUCCAUUGUCGGACUGUAGCAGUGUCGACAUGUGUGAGGCCACGGUGACGAUAGGUUUGUUCAGAUGAAUCUGAGGCUAAUAACAACAAAUAUAUGUUUCAUGCGUUAUGUACAAACACCCUCCUCUAAUAUUCAUAAAUAUUAAGGGGGCGCCUUUUGGUAAUUUUAAUUUUUUAACAAUUUAAUUGUUUCAACCAUAACUUCAGAUGCCUCUGUUUGAAUAUGUAUAAGGCCCCCAAAACAGAUUUGUUCGUCAGUCGGAUUUUGGUCAAAAAUGAGCUGCUGCCACUACUCGAUACAUAAAUAUGUUGGAGGGGGACAAGCCCGACGAAUAUCUCAUAAAAACAACGGAAGCCCAUCUGACUCCCUGUAGAUGUAAACAACAUAUACUAAUUGAUCUAGACUUUAUUUAAGUCGUGACCCACGAAUAGACACAGGCGCUUCAUCUGUUGUUCCUAAUCUUAGUAAGUUUGCUGUAUACUCAGAGGAGGUGAUAUGUUUCUUAACAUUGGUAUCGGAUUUUCUCAUUAACAGGCAGUACAAUGUGUCCAACUCUAAUGAUUCUAUUCCUAUCUCAGUAAGAAGACCCCAGUAAGAACAGCUUGCCGUAGGUUUACGGUAUCUAUGUCGUGUAACAUCUGCGUGAUAUUUUUUCAAGCAGUGCCGGUACAGGUUACCUGAUGUAAAACGGUGCUACUUGUGAAUAUAGAUGAACGAUAGACAAUCGCAUCUUCGCCUUCAAGAACAAACACAAUUAAUAGCGACUGGCGGAAAUUAUUGGUAUGAUGAGAGGAAAUUCAGCUAAGUGGCUUACUAUAUACUACUUAAAAGAAGUUAAGAACGUAAAAAUUCGUUCAUAUUACUAUAGUUAGUCUGUCUGCCAGUGUUAAUGGCGCGACAUGACGGAUACAUUUGAGUAAUACGAAAGAAUCGGGCAUUCUUAACUUCUUUUGAGUAGUAUAGUCAUCUCAUAAAGAUUUUCACACGAACCAUGUCAUACCUGGCCUACAUUUUACAGAGCUGUACAUUGUGGCGUACUAACGCGUGGCUUCAUGUACCUCCCCCCUCCCCACCCCCGGGGCCAGUGCUAGGGUAGCUGGGACACACGGUCUCACUGCCACUGUAUUCAUUAACCCAUUAUGCAAGCCAAAGGGCAUGUUUUGUACUCAAUAUUUUCUACAUUGACAAAUAAAGUGUUUUCUAUAAAAUAAA